AAAAUUUAAAAGUAAAUCGACAGAAAGCAAAAGAAAAUGUUACAAAAGCACAGGAAAAUAAAAAGAGACAGCAUGAUUCAAAAAUAAAGAAACCUAUAGAAUAUCAAAUAGGAGACAAAGUCCUAUUGUACGAAACUGCAAAAGAAAAGACUUGGAUUGGAAAAUUAGAAGAUAAAUGGAAAGGACCAUUUUAUAUUUAUGACAAAUUGUUGAAUGGAGCUUAUAAAUUAAGAUUUACAGAUAGACAAAUUCUUAAAACACCAAUCAACGCAAGUUUGUUGAAGAUUUACAAUGAUCGACAAAAUUGGAACCCU